AUGCCAUCCGAAACCGACACCAAGGAGGCACGGGAGGUGAACCACCAGUCUCUCGCCGUACAGGAGGAGAACCCAGCGUCCGUCGCGCCAGCACCAACCAACGAGCAACGGGAGGUCGUGACGCCGGCGCUGGGAGAGGGCGACAUACCCACGACGAGCCAGUGGGAGAUCCGCUCAUGGUAUCUCUACUACAUCGGGGCCAACGGCCUCGCCCUGUUCAACUUUGGCCCGACGGCCUUCCAGAACCUCCUUGACCAGGCAGCCGGCGACUCGGGGCUGCUGUACUUUGCCGGCCGCGCGCGCGACGUCAACAGCAUCGUGCUUCUCGCCAACGGCAUGUCGUUCGCUAUACAGGCGGCGCUGUUCCUCGUCAUCGGCGCCCUCGCCGACUUUGGCACGGGAGGUCGUGAUGCCGGCGCUGGGAGAGGGCGACAUACCCACGACGAGCCAGUGGGAGAUCCGCUCAUGAACCUCCUUGACCAGGCAGCCGGCGACUCGGGGCUGCUGUACUUUGCCGGCCGCGCGCGCGACGUCAACAGCAUCGUGCUUCUCGCCAACGGCAUGUCGUUCGCUAUACAGGCGGCGCUGUUCCUCGUCAUCGGCGCCUACGCCGACUUUGGCACCGGCCGGCGAUGGGUCCUGCUCGUCUGGUCCGUCAUCGCGUACGGCAUCGGCUUCGGCUGGCUUGGCGUUCACGACGCCGCGAGGUGGAAGGUCGCCGCCGGCCUGUACAUUAUUGGUCUGGUCGCCUACCAGCUCACCCUGACCUACUGGACCGCGGCGUUCCCGUCGUUGGCCCGGAACACGGCGCACCUCAAGGCGUCCCGCGUGGCGUACGAGACCGGCGAAAUCACCCAGCAGGAGCUGGACAGGCGGGACGAGAUGGAGCGCAGUAGACUUAGCAACGUUGCGUUUUGGAUCCAGUCGUGCGGCGAGAUUGCCAUCCUCGCCGUCAUCGUGGGCAUCAUGUUUGGCCUGCGCGUUGACGACAGCCCGUCCAACAAUAACUGGGGCCUCUCUGUUCUUGUCGCAUUCGCCACAGCGUGCUGGCUCGCGCUGUCCAUUCCCUGGUUCGUGCUGGAGAAGAAGCGCCCCGGGAUGAGGAUCCCGCCCGGCAGGAACAUCGUCACCGUCGGCCUGUGGCAGCUGUACGAGGCCCUGACGCAGAUUUGGCGCCUCAAGCAGAGCCUGGUGUACCUCGCCGGCUACUUCCUGCUUGGCGACUCGCUCAACACCACCGUCACCGUCAUUGCCACUCUGCAGAACCAGGUCGUCAGCUACAACACCCUCACGCUGACGUAUCUCCUCAUAGUCGGCGUCGGCACCCAGGCCCUCGGCAUCGGCGGCUUCUGGCUCAUCCAGAAAAGUUUCAACCUCAGCGCCAAGACCAUGUUUAACGCCGUCAUGGUCUUCAUCGUCCUACUUGACGGCUGGGGCAUGGUCGGCAACUGGACCGACAGGUUCGGCUUCAAGAACGUCUGGGAGGUGUGGCUGUACCAGGCCUACUACGGACUCGUCGUGUGCCCCUGGUACAGCUACUCGCAGAUCAUGAUUAGUUCAGUGACGCCGCGCGGACACGAGUUUCUCUUCUUUUCCGUCUUUAAUAUUAUUGGCAAGGCGUCUAGCUUUAUUGGGCCCUUGAUUAGCAGCGCUAUUAUUGACGCUACGCCCGGCGGGCAGAAUAACAGCGCACCGUUUUAUUUCUUGUUUGCGCUGAGCCUGCUGAGCGCUCUGGGGAUAUGGGCGUUUCUGGACCUCGACAAGAGCGCGAGGGAACAAGAGGACUUUCUUGUCCAGGAGAAGGAGAGGGUAUAUGGGGAGGAUACUGCUGCCGGGAAGGAGAAGCUGGCAGCCGUGUAG